ACACAUGAUCAUCACAUGAUCAUCACAUGUCUUACACAUGACCAUCACAUGUUCUCCAGGGUGCGAGUGUUCGACCUGCGGACGCCCCAGCCGGUGCUGAACCAGUACGCCCACCCGCUGGGCGUGUCGUGUGUGCAGAUGGACGACUGGAAGGUGGUGAGCGGCGGACGGGAGGGUGCGCUGUGUGUGUGGGACAUGCGCAGGCAGAACAAGCUCUGGGAGAUGAAGCCAAGUAAGGUCCACCCGAUCCAGUACUGCCGGUUCGGAGGCCCCCACCUCAUCGCGGCUUGUUACCCGACACCCUCCUGCAGCCGGGAGGACCUGAUGGACCAGUACAGGCACCAGCCAGAUGUCAAAGGUCGGAUCAACGUGUACGAUUUCUCGGUGGACCAGACGACUCAAGACGUUCCCGACAUCUGCAAGGCUGACUACGACGAACCCGAGGGGUACAACUACAACAUCAGCCUCGCCAUGCCGUACGACGCAGUCUGACAGCUGUCAAUCAUAGCACAGUCUGACAGCUGUCAAUCAUAGCCUCGCCAUGCCGUAUGACGCAGUCUGACAGCUGUCAAUCAUAGCACAGUCUAACAGCUGUCAAUCAUAGCACAGUCUGACAGCUGUCAAUCAUAGCCUCGCCAUGCCGUACGACGCAGUCUGACAGCUGUCAAUCAUAGCCUCGCCAUGCCGUAUGACGCAGUCUGACAGCUGUCAAUCAUAGCCUCGUCAUGCCGACACGAACCCGAGGGGUACAACUACAACAUCAGCCUCGCCAUGCCGUACGACACAGUCUGACAGCUGUCAAUCAUAGCACAGUCUGACAGCUGUCAAUCAUAGCCUCGCCAGGCAGUACAAUGCAGUCUGAUACCUGUCAACGAUAGCCUCGCCAUGCCAUAUGACACAGUCUGACAGCUGUCAAUCAUAGCACAGUCUGACAGCUGUCAAUCAUAGCACAGUCUGACAGCUGUCAAUCAUAGUCUCGCCAUGCCGUACGACGCAGUCUGACACCUGUGAAUCAUAGCCUUGCCAUGCCAUAUGACGCAGUCUGACAGCUGUCAAUCAAAGAUCAAUUUUUGAUAGCAUAAUAAGAAGCCUUAGUAAUAUGAAUAUACCAUCUUCUCGAAAUGAAAGCCAGUUACACUUUUAUGAUUUGGUAGAUGAAAUUUCCCAAACUGUUUUAAAUUCGAAGUGACCAAAAUUGAACAGGUUAUCCCUGUUGAUAUUAUGUUGGUAUUAUGAAUUUAGAUUUCGGUCUACAUUUUUAGUACCGGGAAUAUGUGAAAUAUUCUUCAGGGAUUUUUGUAAAGACAGUAACUUAGCUCGACAUGUACAGUUGCUGUAAAUAACUUAUGGACUCAAAGACGUCUCUCCCUAAUUGAGGGGUCAAAGUUGACAGGAAGUUUCAAUCUUCUGACCUCAGCGAUGGGUCAAAGUCACCCAUAAGUUGUGAAAACUGUAUCCAUGCAUGUUUUAUAUAAUUAAUCUUGUAAAUAAAAUGUGAACAGAGC